AAACACCUGCGCGAUUCUGAGGGCCCCGCCCCUGCCCUCCAGUGUGAUUGGGCGGUUGGGCGGGAGCGGCGACAUCCGGGCCCUCGGGGAAAGGCGCAGGGAGCGGCGGACCCGAGAGGGAACCAGCCCGGGGCUGGGAGGGUCCCGGGCGCGAGCCGCAGGAGACGGGCGCCAUGGCGGAGCCGCGGAAGGAGGAAGAGGAGGAGGCCGAGGAGCGGGGCAAGCGAGAGCCGGGCCACCGGGCCACCGUCGCGGCCAAGAACCUGGCCAUCCUCAAGGCCCGCUCCCUGGACGUCACCUUCGAGGUGGGGGAUGAGUACGAGGUCAUCGAGACCAUCGGCACCGGGGCCUACGGCGUGGUCAGCUCCGCCCGCCGCAGAUCCACAGGCCAGCAGGUGGCGAUCAAGAAGAUCCCCAAUGCCUUCGAUGUGGUGAUGAACGCCAAGCGCACCCUCCGUGAGCUCAAGAUCCUCAAACACUUCAAGCACGACAACAUCAUUGCCAUCAAAGACAUCCUGAAACCCGCCGUGCCCUAUGACGACUUCAAAUCCGUGUACGUGGUGCUAGACCUGAUGGAGAGCGACCUUCACCAGAUCAUCCACUCCUCCCAGCCCCUCACGCUGGAACACGUCCGAUACUUCCUCUACCAGCUGCUCCGGGGCCUCAAAUACAUCCACUCGGCCAACGUCAUCCACCGGGACCUGAAGCCCAGCAACCUGCUCAUCAACGAGAACUGCGAGCUGAAGAUCGGCGAUUUCGGCAUGGCCCGGGGGCUGUGCACCAAGCCGGACGAGUACAAGUACUUCAUGACGGAAUACGUGGCCACGCGGUGGUACCGGGCCCCGGAGCUGAUGCUGUCCCUCCACGAGUACACGCAGGCCAUCGACAUGUGGUCCGUCGGCUGCAUCUUCGCCGAGAUGCUGGGCCGCAAGCAGCUCUUCCCCGGGAAGAAUUACAUCCACCAGCUGCAGCUGAUCAUGACGGUGCUGGGCACCCCGUCCGCCAAGGUGAUCCACGCCAUCGGGGCCGACCGGGUGCGCGCCUACAUCCAGAGCCUGCCCUCCCGCCAGCCGGUGCCCUGGGAGAGCCUCUACCAGCAGGCCGACCGCUCGGCCUUGGCGUUGCUGGCCAAGAUGCUGCGCUUCGACCCCCGGGAGCGGAUCGCCGUGGCCGAGGCCCUCAAGCACCCCUUUGUGGCCAAGUACCACGACCCGGACGACGAGCCCGACUGCGUGCCCGCCUUCGAUUUCGACUUCGACAAGCAGGUCCUCACCAAGGAGCGCAUCAAGGAGGCCAUUGUGGCCGAGAUCUGCGACUUCCACGCCCGCCGCGAAGGGAUCCGCCGGCAGAUCAGUUUCAAGCCCGCCCUCCGGCCGGCCGCCGCCGCCACUACCCCACCCGCCGCCGCCGCCGCCGCCACCCCCUUGCGCUGCCAGGACGUGGACAUGCCCAGUGCGGGCUCCACCGGGGGAGACUACGCCAUGGAGUCGCCAGCCCCCGGGGAAGUCCCGUACCCUCCGGAGACCAUUGACCUGACCUCGCCUGGGGCUCCCCCCCACCCCGAGGGGCCGGCCGAGGUGAAGGCGGAGCCAGAGGCCGCGCCGCCCAAGAGGGAGGGGGCCAUCUCGGACGACACCAAGGCGGCGCUCAAGGCUGCGCUGCUGAAGUCGGCUCUGCGCAAUAAGAACAAAGACACCCAGUGCUCCGUGCCGGAGCCCCCGGACGUGCGGAAGCCGGUGACGGCCCAGGAGCGCCAGCGGGAGCGGGAGGAGAAGCGGAAGCGGCGUCAGGAGCGGGCCAAGGAGCGGGAGAAGAAGCAGAAGGAGAAGGAGCGGAAGGAGUUGCGGCGCGGGGACGUGCUGGGCGGGCUAGUGCUGAGCGAAAACGACCGCAGCCUCCUGGAGCGAUGGACCAAGAUGAUUGACCGGAACCACCAGAAACCGGCUCACAACGGGCCCACGGAGCACGCUCUGGCUGCGCCUGCCGGCCACGUCCCAGCCACGCCUGCCGGCCACGUUCCACCGGGAGCCACCGGCCACCUCCCAGCUGCACCUGCCGGCCACCUUCCAACCACGCCUGCCGGCCAUGUUCCACCGGGAGCCACCGGCCAUCUCCCAGCUGCACCUGCCGGCCACCUCCCAGCCACGCCUGCUAGUCACGUUCCACCAGGAGCCACCGGCCAUCUUCCAGCUGCAUCUGCCGGCCACCUUCCAACCACGCCUGCUGGCCAUGUUCCACUGGGAGCUGCUGGCCAACUCCCAUCCACCCCUGCUGGCCACCUUCGAUCAGGAGCCACUGGCCACCUCCCAGCCACCCCUGCUGGCCACCUUCAACCAGGAGCCGCUGGCCACCUUCCAGCCACCCCUGCUGGCCACGUUCCAUCAGGAGCCGCUGGCCACCUUCCAGCCACCCCUGCUGGCCAUGUUCCGUCAGGAGCUGCUGGCCACCUUCCAGCCACCCCUGCUGGCCACGUUCUGGCAGGAGCCGCUGGCCACCUCCCAGCCACCCCUGCUGGCCACCUUCAACAAGGAGCCACUGGCCACCUUCCAGCCACCCCUGUUGGCCACGUUCCGGCUGGAGGCGCUGGGCAGCUCCCAGCCACCCCUGCCAGCCAUGUUCCACCAGGUGCUGUUGGCCACCUCCCAGCCACGCCAGCCAGUCACGUCCCAGCCACAUCAGAUUUCUUGAGCUUCCCCGAGAAGGCGCCAGCCGGUGGCGGCCCCAAACUCACCGUACUCCCGAUAGUGGCAGAUCCAGCCCACGGCUCGGCCCCCAACAUGGUCCAGUACUUCCCGGCCCCGCCCGGCCCCUUCCCUCCGGUGCUGGUGGCCCCCACAGCUUGUCACAAAGCUUUGCCUAAACCCGAGUGCCUCCUGAGUGUCAAAUACGCCCCAGGGCAGAUCUUCCAGGCCCCCUUUGGCCUGGCGGGGAUCAGCGCAUGGCCCGGUGUCCAGUGCCCAGAGAACUGGGCCGUGGCCGGGAGGCUGGCACCUGGGGAAGUCCCGACGACUCCUAGCGGGGCACCGCCUCAAGAGGGGCCAUCAGCCCGUGCCGUGGGCAGCCUUGUGACACCAGGCCGGGAGGGCGUGGGGUUGGAUCCGGCCGUCUUCAUGCAGGAGAUGGGGAAGAGGGCCCCGGACCCGGCAGUGGGAGGAGUCAAAGGGCCUGGCCAGCACCCAAACGCCACGGCCGCGUCGCCGGAAACCGCCCCCACCACGGAGUCGCCCGACAUCACCAUGGUCACGCACCAGCUUUCCAAGUCACAGGUGGAGGAUCUCCUGCCGCCCGUCUUCUCGGUGACCCCCAAGGGCAGCGGCGCAGGCUACGGCGUGGGCUUUGACCUGGAGGAGUUCCUGAAUCAGUCCUUCGACAUGGUGGGGGAGAACAGGGACAGCCAGGGCGAUUCAGCCCCUCUCUCGGCCUCCCUGCUGGCUGACUGGCUCGAGGUCCAUCGGAUGAACCCCGCCGACAUGGAGUCCCUCCAGCAGGAGUUGCAGCUGGGCUCUCCCAUGAUCCUCUCCGACAUUCCCGACCUCCAGGACGCCUGAGGCUGAGAUCCCAGCUCCCUUGUGCCUCCCCUCCCCGUGGCGGGGGAGGGUGGGGCCGGGACCAACCCCCCUCUUCCCCUCCCCCUGGGGUCAGGACGUGCUACGCAUCAGGGUCUCGAUGGGGCAAACAACAAAUAGACAUUUCCCCCUCCCGAUCGCCUGGGUCCAUCGCUGGUUUUGCCUGCUGUCCCGUCAGGUCACAUGUUAGGCAGGAUCAGGAGGGCUCCACGCAUGGCUGGGAGAGCUUGACCCAGUGGGCACUGUGCUGUGGGGCAGGGGCUCACUAGGGGGUGCCGUCCCCUGGGAGUCAAUGUUGGCCCCAACGUCCCAGAGCAUCACUAGGGGGCGCUGCAUUGCAGUGUGGGGGUGUGUUGAUUUCCUUCCUGAGCCCUCUGAGUUGCCCCGGAGCAUGAGCGUGGCUCUUACUAAGCCGAGCUGCCGGGGGAAUUCCCGCCCUCGGUGGAAUGGGCCAGCACUGCUGAGGCCUCGGUUUGAUCCCCGCCCACGCCGCAGCGUCGAGGACUUAGCCCGGGCUUGAUCCCGUGGGAUGUGACUCAUCGUCCUGCGGCGUCAGCCCAUCGGUCUCCUGUCAUUUCCCUUCUCGUUCCUACCUCUGUCUCCCUCCUCGAACUCUGAUUCUCAUCCCGUCCCCUAACCUCCACCGAUCCAGAUCCUUACAGCCAUUUAAACCCCGAACUCCGACCAGGACCUUUAGGAGCACAGAUCUCGCCGGAAGUCAGUGGGGUUUAGGAUCCUAAUGGCUUGGGUCGCUGUGGGAUUCAGGCGCCUAGAUCCGUUAAGUCAUUUGGCUGGUAUCUCUUCUUGCAUAAAUCUAAUCCACACCGCCUUCAGUGGACACGGAGAACAAUUGAUCACUGUCCUCUUGUAACAGCUCUGAACAUCUUUGAAGACUGUUUUCCGGUCCCCCCCCUCUGUCUUCUUUUCUCUAGACUAACCAUGCCGGUUUUUUAACCUUUCCCCGCAGGUCGGGUUUCGAAACCUUGGAUCAUUUUUAUUUCUCUCCUCUGGACUCUGUCUAAUUUGUCCACCUCUUUCCUAACAUGUGGCAUCCAGAAACACACUGCUCCAGCUGAAAUCUCAGCAGGGCCGAGCAGAGCGGAGAAUUACCUCCCAUGUCUUACAUGUGACGCUCCCGUUAAUACACCCCGAAUGACGUGAGCCUUUUUCGCCACUUUCAUUUAGAGGCGAGUGACAUUUUCAACUACAAACCCCGCAAAUUCGGUGUAACCGAAACCUUUCAAAAAGUUGGCCUUGGUUUUGCUGAAUUGUUUUGGUUGGAAAACCAGCCAAAAAACUCCAAGGAAAAUUAAAAAAAUGACAUCGUAGAGCCGAAACGUUUUGAUUUUUCAAUUCCAAAUUUAAUAUAAUUAAAAAAAAAAAUAGAAAACCAGAAAGCCUAGAAACCUUUUGUUUUGACACUUUCAGAAGUGUCGAUUUUUCUCUUUGAAGCAGCUGUUCGUACAGAAAUUUCCUGUAAAAAAACAGCUCAAAAUAGUUAGUUCAACUGAAAACAGAUUUUUUUCUUUUUGAUUUGCCAGACGUUUUUAAAAAUUUCGUUUUCUCUUUGACCCAAAAUUAUUAUUAUUUUUUUUUGCAAAGAACUGAAAACUCCAUUAUUUGUCCAACUGUAAUUCCACCAGUUUACUCUGGUACCCACUUUGCGUUGAAUCUAAUCUCCAAUCCCCUCUUUACUUUCCUAAUAUAAUCCCCAUUCUCAUUUUUUUAACCUGUCUAAUCUAAUCCCCACUCAGUGUCUCAUGUAAUAUCUAUUCUCCUUUUCAUCUACCUAAUUUAACCCCCUAACACAAUCUCUUCCCCUUUUUACCUGCAUAAUCUAAUCUCAUUCUCAAAUCUAAUCCCUAAAAGCUGCUCAGAACGUUUUUUAUCAAAACAACUGGUUUCCAUUUAAAAAAAAGCUGUUUUGACAACACUGAUUUCCCCCCGCAAAUGGUAUCCUUUCAACUCAAUGUUGUUUGCAAAAAUAGAAUGUUUUCUUUGAAAAUGUCACACGUUUCAAUAUUUCGUUUGGGAACGACGUUGCGUUUUGAUAUUUGUUUUAUACCAAACAAAAACAAAAAAUUUCCUCGUGUUUUGAAGGAACCAAAAUGAAACAUUUUGACCCAAACUGAACUUUUUUUUGCUUGCAAAAAAAUCUUGCAAUUUUGGGGUGAAAAAAAAAAUCUCAACGUUUUCCCGGGAACAGAAAAUCCGUUUUCCGAUCAACUGUCCUAAUCCCCAGGGUGUGUCUAAUCUAAUUCCCAAUCUGUAUCUAAUCUAAUCCCAAUCUCUUUCAUUUUCCUGUUUUAUCCAAUCCCACUAUCAUCAUCUAAUCCCCAGUCUUCUCAAAUUCACCCAGGGAGCAGAGAAUCAAAUCCAGACACCCGGAAGCAGGUGACUUACCCGAUCCACGUGCAGCUGGGUGCCCUGGAGCACCCAUGGAAAAAAAUUAGUGGGUGUUUAGCACCCGCCGGCAGCCAGCUCCCCCCCCCUCCUCUCCAGCACCUCCCACGUCCCCUCCAAUCAACUCCUGCCCCUUCCUCCCAGCGCCUCCCCCCCCCGCUGCGAUCAGCUGUUCUGUGGCGUGCAGGAGGCGCUGGGGGGGUACCUCUAAAACGAGCCCCUCUCCACGCCCGUCCAGGUCCCCGGCAGGCUCCGCUGGGGGCUUUCGCGUUCUCCCCCUUGGGAUCUACAUGGGCCUUUGCAGCCGAAACAUGGGGGGGUUGAGGGAGGGGAAUAGGGGCUUUUCGCAGCUGAAAUGUCGGGAGGGGAAGACUGGGAAUUGAGCUCCUAUGAGGCCCUGGACAGCUGGAACUCUGGGGUUAGGGAGAUGGGGAGGAAGGGUAAACCGGGAUCCUGCAAGGCCGUUUACGGCCAAAAUACCGUGGCUGGAGGGCUGGGGGUCUAAGCCCUGAAAAGUGCUUCGCACAGCCCAAAUCUCGCGCAGCCGCCCCAUGCACCAGAGACGAGAGGCCGGCUGGUUUUGCAGGGGGGUUCCAAGCGCGCCUGAGAAGUGUUUGGGCCCAGGAAUUGGUUCCUAGCCUGGGUCCCCGUUCAUUGGAGCCAGUUGCGUGCCUGUGUGUGUGUGUGUGUGUGUUUUUCUCUCCAAGCGGUUGUGUUUUUUAUUGUAAUGCUCUUGGCAUUUAAACUUUCGAUAAACGAUUUUAAAAAAUCCGGAA